AUGGAUGAUCAAGGAGCACUGUUAGCUACUCUCAAUGUGAAACCAGUGCUAGUGGAGCGAUUAAGUAAAGCUCAGUCUCAAGAUCCACUAGUUCGUAUACUGAGAUUAGAGGUUGAGAAUGGCACUAGGACAUAUUACUCAGUAAAGAAUGAUAGGACUUUGAUGGUAGGAACAAGAUUGUAUGUUCCUGAGGAUGAGACCUUAAAAAGGGAAAUUCUUGAGGAGGCCCAUUGCUCGGCCUUUGCCAUGUACCUUGGCCACACCAAGAUGUAUCGUACUCUGAGAGCAUUAUUGGUGGCCUUUCUGGAAGAAACAGAUUGCAGAGAGGCAUUUGAGACCCAGUUGCAGUUCGGAACUGCGUUCCGCCCCCAGACAGAUGGUCAGUCUGAAAGGAUGAUUCAGACUUUAGAAAAUAUGUUGAGAGCAUGUGCAUUGCAGUUUCGGGGUAACUGGGAUGAGAAAUUGCCACUCAUGGAGUUUGUCUAUAAUAACAGUUUUCAGGAGAGUAUAGGAAUGUCACCAUUUGAUGCCUUGUACGGGAAACAUUGUAGAACGCCUUUGUAUUGGGAUGAAGUGGGCGAGCACAAGUUACGGGUAUCUGGGGAUGUUGAAAGGACAAUGAAACAUGUAGAAACAAUUAGAGAAAUGCUCAAGGUGGCCCAAGAAAGACAAAAGAGUCAUGCAAAUAACAGGAGGAAAGAUCUUCAGUUUGAGGUUGGUGACUGGACUGGACUUCCAGCAGAUCUUUCCCGUCUACAUGACGUAUUUCACGUAUCCAUGCUCCGAAAGUAUAUUUCAGACCCAUCCCAUGUCUUGGAAGAACAACCCAAAAAGUGGAAGGAUGAUUUAAGUUAUGUGGAGCAGCCUGUUCAGAUUACGGAUCGGAAGAUGCAACUGCUUCGAUCUAGAGAGAUUCCACUAGUGAAGGUCUUGUGGAGGAGUCACGAUGUGGAAGAGGCCACUUGGGGACCUGAAGAACAGGUGCUGGCUCAGUAUACUUACCUCUUCGAGUGA